AUGUUCGAGCCAACUGUGCAGAUAAAGAACAAGAUGACCAAGGAAAGCACAGCCAGAGAGACCCUGUCAGAUACUCGCCUAGCUGGUAGCUCCCGCCCAGGACGCAGUUAA